AUGAAAAUUAUUGAGGAAAGCAAAAAAUACAAUGAUUUGAUUGUCACAUCGCUUACCGAUAUUUAUGAUACUCUGACACUUAAGGUUUAUACAGCAAUGUAUUUCAAGCAACAAUAUUGUCAAAAUAUCACAUAUUAUGUCAAAGUAGACGAUGAUGUCGUGCUUCAUCUAGAUCGUCUUAAUCAGCAAGCUAAUUCAUUUUCUAAUUUAGCUCAUAUUUAUGGAGCUAUACGUUACAAAGAUCCUGUCGUCAGACGACGAAUGGAUAAAUAG